AUGUCUAUAGAUGAUUUUGAUAUUACUAAAACGACGGAUAUUAUUCGAAAAAUAAUUGAAGAGAUUCUCAAUUCAAAUCAAUAUCGAUUAGAACUUAUUGAUAAAUGGACUCGACAAAUUGUUGAUUCAUGUCAACGAUCAUUGUUUGAAAUUCAAGAUUCAUUUAAAACAAUUAUUACUGCAAUGAUUAUUCCUAAAACAAAUGAAAAUAUUCAUAUGAGUAAUGCUUGUUUAUGGGAUUUUGCAGUUGAUGGAAGUACAAUUAUACAAUGGGAAAAUGAUUCGAUGUAUUGUGUUGUAUCGGCAUUUGCAUUAUCAUCAUCAUCGAUUACUACUCAAUUGACUAUUACUUGA